AUGCUAUCCUUACCUUCCAACCAAUCGGCCAAUCACGCUAUCCUUACCUUUCAACCAACCCCUUCGAUUCCGCUUCUGCAGCAGUAUAUAAUCUCGGUCCCUUACCUUGAUGCCUACAGCUCAAUUUGUUUUCCAGUGAUGGCAAGAAUCCGCGAAAUACUUCUUUUUAUUUUUCUUCUUCUUGUGUUGUUUCUGAAUGGCAUCAUAGCUACACGAGGGAAAGCGAUGCUGCCCACUCUGCCGCAAAAGGGGGCCGCUUUCUUCCCCCCAAAAAUGCCAGUUCCACCAUCAGGGCCCAGCAAGCAGCAUAAUUGUGUUCCGAGGCUGCGUUUCAUUCCAGCAACAGUAGUAUAUGGUUCAAAACGCCUUGUUCCAUCCGGCGCGAAUCCCCUCCAUCACUAG